CCUCAGCGUGCAUUAGCGAGUUAGCGAGUUGGGUUGGAGGAGCUCUGAUCUGACGUCAUGUCUUUAAGACUUGAGAGAGAGAGCAAGAGCGCUUUACCUUUCGCUUCGAUGUAAAGGACCGUAACCCCAGCCCCCAUUUUUGUUCUUUUAUAUGAUGUUCCUGUCGGUUUCUCCACGCUCACUCCCUCGUCGCCAUUGCCUUUCCUUCCUUAAUCUAAACCACAUUCUUCAAAAACUUGUGGCAGUAAGUCCAUGUCUUUCAAGCACAUGGUACAUGCUUGGGGAAGAUGAGCAGAGCUGGCUCAUCUACCAUGGCUGAUACACAAUCAGUUGCCACACUCAUAGACUGUGCAACCUCAAAGAUACAACAGCUUCAACAAGCUUUUGCUGAGCUUGAAAGCCACCAUGCUAUAACCCUGAACCUGAAAUGGAAAGAACUUGAAGAACACUUUCAUGGGCUUGAAAGGUCCUUGAAACAACGGUUCAAUGAAUUGGAGGACCAGGAGAAGAAAUAUGAGACCAAGGUAUCAGAGGCUAGAGAGAUUCUGGAGAAGCGUGAAGCUGCAGUUGUGGCCAAGGAACAAGCCUCAUUAGAGAAACUCCAAGAAAAGAGAGAUGCUGCUCUCUCUGCUAUAGGAAUUGCUGUUGAGAAGUGCAAGAAUGAAUUGUCUUCAGAACCUGCUGUUUUUAACAAUAAGGAAAGUGGUGGGGCUGAAGAAAUUGUGGAAGAGAAACCACCCAAUGCCAAAGAUAGUUCCAUUUCAGAAAAUGUGCAAAACCCUUCUAUUGAUGGAAAUAUGGAAGUCAAGCCUCCUUCCCAGUUAACUAAACUCUGUGAAGAAAUGGAUUCAAAAGGACUCCACAAAUUCAUCUCAGACAAUCGUAAGAACCUAGCUGCCAUUCGGGAAGAGAUUCCUGUUGCACUGAAAGCUGCAACAAACCCAGCACACUUAGUUUUGGCCUCUCUGGAGGAUUUCUAUCCCAUGGAAGUGUCAGCAGUUGCAAAGAGGGAUGCAAACCUCUUGGGUCUCCGAAGAACCUGUAUCAUGUUGAUGGAGUGUCUGAGCCAAAUGUUAGCAGAAGAUCCCAGUGCAGUUUCUGAUGUAAUUUCUGAACAUGUUAAGGAUAAAGCAAAGGUGAUUGCCAAAGAGUGGAAGCCAAAGUUGGAUGAUCUUGAUGUUGAUGCUAGCAGUGGCAACUCCUUGGAGGCUCAUGCAUUCCUACAACUUCUGGCCACUUUUGGCAUUUCAUCGGGCUUCAAUCAGGAAGAAAUAACCAAGCUAAUACCAACUGUUUCACGUCGUCGCCAAACAGCUGAUCUGUGUCGCUCUCUUGGAUUGACAGAAAAAAUGCCAGGUGUCAUUGAAGUACUCAUGAACAACAGUAGGUAUAUUGAUGCUGUUAACUUGGCUUAUGCAUUUGACCUUACUGAACAAUUUUCACCUGUGCACUUACUGAAAAGCUACUUAAAGGAGGCAAGAAAAGCUUCUUCACCAGUCAAACCUGGAAACACAUCUCCAACUGCCCAGAAUGAGGUGAAUGAACGAGAGCUGGUUGCCCUCAAGGCCGUGAUCAAGUGCAUUGAAGACCACAAGCUUGAGGAGCAGUAUCCAAUGGACCCUCUUCAGAAAAGGGUAGUCCAGCUUGAGAAGGCAAAGGCUGACAAGAAGAGGGUGGCUGAAGCUGCAAAGCCUCAAUCCAAAAGGCCCCGUGCUAAUGGUGGGGGAUAUGGUCCCCGGAUCACUAACAUCCCUGAUAAGAGCUUCUAUACCAGAGCAGCUGAUAGGUACCCACCUUACAUGUAUGAAAGGCCAUAUCUCUACCCUGGCCACACUGACAACCAUGGUUCUUCACUCCUGGGUUCUGCCUAUAGCCUCUCUCCUAGCCAUGGAAACUACUUUGGGAAUGGGUAUCAGUACCAAGCCCCAUAUCUACAUUAGUGAAGGUAAGAGUUGGUCCUCUAUUUUAACUGGUAGUCUUAACCUUUUGGAGCUCUCUUAGUGUCGCUAUGUAUGAACAAACUCAAAGAAAAUGAAAAAGGAAACAAGUUUUUUUUUUUUUCUUUGUAUCUGAGUGUAUAAUCAGAUCAUUCUCCUAACAUAUGCAGUCCAGUUCUGAUAUUUACUUAUACCGUGUUGUCUUUUUCGUUAAGUACUAUGAAAUUUGUACAUCAAGUUCCAUUUUCUA